CCUUCGUAGGCGUUUUUCAGGCGUGCGGGAGUGGCGCGGCGCCGGCGCAGUUCAAUAGAAAGAACGAGCGAGCCAGUCAGGUGCUGCCGCCUUUGCCGCGAAGGACGACCGAGCAUUGCUCUCCGAAGACCGUCUGGCCUCGCUCCGUUCCGCCAGCAACUGCCGCUCCAUGGCUCGCGACUACAGGGUGCUUUCCGUGCAGAGUCACGUAGUAUCUGGCUAUGUAGGCAACAAAUGCGCCUGUUUUCCGCUCCAGACCCUGGGCUUCGAAGUGGACUUCAUAAACUCCGUGCAGUUCUCGAACCAUACAGGCUAUCCGGUAUACAAGGGCCAGGUUCUCAACGCGGAGGAGUUGGUGGAGCUUUACGAAGGUCUCAAGCUCAACCGGAUAAACAAGUACUCUCAUGUAUUAACAGGUUACGUUGCUUCAGAGUCCUUUCUCAAUAAAGUGGCAGACAUAGUUCAAGAACUGAAAGAGGACAACCCUUCAUUAAUGUACGUGUGCGAUCCGGUUAUGGGAGACAACGGAAAACUGUACGUGCCUCCAGGUCUGGUGAGCAUCUACAGGGAGCGGCUGGUGCUCCUGGCUGACGUCGUGACUCCCAACCAGUUCGAGCUAGAGCUGCUGUCCAACAAGACCAUCACGACGGAAAGCUCUGUGCUGGAGGCGAUGGACGUGCUGCACGAGCGGGGCAUUCCCAUCGUGGUGCUGACCUCGUACCGUCCGUCGGAGAGCUCCAAGGAGAUCCUGUUGUAUGGCAGCAGCAAGAAGGGUGGCCAGCGCAGCGCGGUCAAGAUAGAGAUCCCGCUCAUUGGGGCCAGCUUCACGGGCACGGGCGACCUGCUGGCGGCCUGCCUGCUGGCCUGGAUCACGCGCACCAACAACCUCAAGGAGGCCCUCGAGAAGGCCGUGGCCACCGUGCAGGGAGUGCUUCUCAAGACCUUCAAGCACUCUUCCGAAAAACAGAAGGAAGCCGAAGGCAGCGUUACGAAGGCAGCUCUCGAGCUGCGUCUGGUCCAGAGCAAAGAGCACAUCGAGAACCCGCACUCGGACAUCAGGGCAGUCAAGAUCUAUUGAAGAUCCACCAGGCUGCCUUGCUCCAUUAGUGCCUUGGCAAUAAAGAUGUCUAGCAAUA